GCUUUUCAUGUCGUUUUGGCAAUUAGAGAUUUAUUCCAGACGGUCCUAUUUCACAAAAAGCAAGAAAUCGAUAAUGCCAAGAAUGAGUCCUCUAAGAAUGAGGUGACACAACCCCAAAAUGAAAGUAAAACAGAAGAAAUUUCUUCAACUGAAGAAAAGGCAAAUACUGAAAAUGUUGUUUUUGAAGUUUUGAUGACAGAGCCAGCUGAAAUGAUUGAUGAGUCACCUAAAACAGAAGAAAAUUAUGAAACAAUUGAUGAUCUUUUAGGUUUACAGGAUGAAUUAAACCAGCUUCAGAAGGGCAUAGAGCAAAUGGACACUAGUAUUGCAGCUGCAACAGCAUUCAAUUCUGAAGUACCUAUCUUAGAAAAUGAUCCAUUUGAUACAUCGUUUGUGCUAGGCCCUAAAAGGGUAAGUUUCGUACCAGUUUUUCAUGAAAACUGUUGUUAAUAAAUUUUGUGAAUACAGAAGAAUAAAAAUUGGGAACCCAUUUAAAAUUUUAACAUGUACCUAUCUCAAUGGAUUCAACUAUAAGUGACCGGAACACACCCAUUCUUAACGAUUUCAAUCUAGUUUAUGGGAAGGGAGAUCUCUGGACAAGUCGCUUUUGCACAAGUUUUAAGUGACCAGACAAAAUUCGUUCAAAGCGCUUUAUCAGUUAAUUAUUGGAGCUUUUAGAUACAAGGGUUAAAAUUUAGUGGCUAGCGUAAGACUCAACCAUUCCUAUAAGCUAACAACCAGUUAAGCGAUUAGGUUGACCAUAAGAAAGCAACAG